UCCACAAAAUUAACAAUCGUCUAUUUCAAAGAUUUUGUAUACCGACGAUCAGAUCACAGCAUUGCAUCACGCAGUUGUUCGAAAAUCAAUAUGGCGUCGGACAUAGUCAUACAUCGAUGUUAACAGUUGACCGGCGGCUCAUUUCAAUGUGAUUAUUUUUGAAUGUUUCGUACGUUGUUGACAAUACCUGCCAACCUUGUCACUGUUUCCGAGGAUACGCGAGGAUGGAAGAAUAUUCAAAACAAGAAACAAAGCUCAGUCAUAAGGAGUGGCGUCGCAUUGUGAAGAAAGAGCGUCGCAAGCGUAAACGACAGAUAAUGGCACAAGAACGCGACGCCAAUGAAGAACGCUUGAGGGCAGCACUGGAAAACAAUAUGGAAUAUAUGCAAUUUUGCGCGGAAAAAGAGAAACAAGAGAAAGAAAAAGAAGUACGAGAACAAGAGAAACAUGCUGAAAGAGAGAGGCUCUGGCUAGAAGAAGAAAUAAAAGCGCAGAAAAAAUGGCAAGAACUUCAGAAACAAAAAGCAAAGGAGGAACAAGAGAAACUUGAGCAAGAGAUGAAGAUUCGUAAAGAAUUUGAGGCAAAACGUAUGGCAAUUUUAAAGAAAAAAGACGAGGAAAAGAAGAAACAAGAGGAACAACUUCGUAAACAGGAACAACUACAGAAGGAGAUUAAUGAUUACAUUGACAAUGGAGUGAAAACGCCUAAAGUUUUACGCGAAAUCGUCGACAAUCAACCUACCAAAGAACUUUGUCCCUUUUUUUCGAAAACAGGUGUUUGUCGGUAUGGAAAUGCGUGUUCCAAGAAUCAUCGUAAAUUCUUUUUAAGCAGAGUGAUUUUGAUACCCGGAUUCUAUUCACAUUUCUCUCUCGAGAAGAAUUUAGCGGAAUAUGACACUGAUGUAGCACUCGAAUUCGAGAGAUCAGAAACGUUGCAUCACUUUUACGAAUUUUAUGAAGAUGUAAUAACUGAACUGGAAUCGUUCGGCAGGAUUAAGACCCUUAAAUGUUGCUGCAACAAGGAGAUUCACUUACGCGGUAAUGUGUACGUUGAAUAUUACACGGAAAGAGAAGCGGCUAGAGCUUGGAGAAACUUAAAAGGGCGCUGGUACGCUGGAAAACAACUCAAUUGCGAAUUCGUCAACUUUACAUCUUGGAGAAGUGCUGUCUGCGGCAUAAACAAAUGUCCGAAAGGCAGCAAAUUCUGUAAUUUUCUUCACACCUUUCGAAAUCCGCAUAAUAAAUACGACAUCAAAAGUCCUCGACGGGAAAAAAGCAAUUCGAAUGACAGCAAACGAAGCGAACAUAGAAGUAAAUCUAAAUGGGAAGAGUCUGAUCGAGAUGAUAGCGAAAAAGAUCGCAGCUGGAGAUGGUCCGAAUCUCCCGAGACUGAAUUGGAUCGCACGAAAGAGAUGAAAUGUUCUCAUUCCACAAAAAGGAAACAGUCGCAGAGAUACACGAACGAUAAAAGACAGAGAAAGAGUUCAAAAUCAACUAUAAGAAGUUCUAAGAUUAAAAUAUCGUCUAGAAAGAAACAUCAUUAUCAUUCGCAUCGUAAAAGGAUCCAUGAGAACAAAGAUGAAGAUAAAGAAGAUGCAUUCAAUGAUCGUCCUUCUAAAAAAAGAAGAAAAAAUCUUUUGAAAAACGAGAAUUAGUCGUAAAGUCGUUAA